AUGGAUGGGACAGAAGAGAAACCCCAGCCGCCCCGACACAAGCCUCUGGGCAUCGUGCUGAUCGUGUUCGCCUGGUUAACAUACGUCAUGAGGCUUGCGAUUGGCUGGAUGGCUGAGUCCAAGCUUGUUCCAGGUUUGCAGGCUACGAUCACCAACGGAUCUCGCCUCUUCCCCAACGAGCUCAGCCCGUCCUUCUGGACGUUCCUCGGCGUCUGGCAGACCAUUUACGCAUGGAACUUCCUCUGGCUCAUCUACGUCCUCACCACCAUCUGCAGGAGAAACUCCCGCGGCUACUUCUACGUCACGCCCGAGCUCUUCCCAACCUCCUUCUACGUCGUCUGGUACGUCAACCAUAUUCUGCUCACCUGUUGGCGCUACCUGAGCGCCUCGCGGUCCGAGCGUGUGGGCGCCGUCAUGGUCCUCUUCCUCUCCGCUUGUACUCUCUACUACUUGCUGUACGUCUCCUACCGUAGGGUGGACCGGAGCGGGGCAUGGCUGACCGAAAACGCACCGGCAGACCUCUGGCUCGUACGAAUCCUAGCUCAAAACGGGCUGGCCAUCUAUGCGACCUGGUCCACUAUCGCCACGCUCAUCAGCUUUGGCAGCACUCUCACCUACGCCGGCGGCUACAACAACGAGGAUGCGAGUACUGGCAUGCUGGGCUUGCUGUUGGCGAUCACGCUUGUGUGGUUUGUCCUGGAGAACUUUGUAUUCGAGCGGUACUGCCGCUACACCCUGGUCCAAUACGUUGUAGUGGUGGUCGCGCUGUCCGGAAUCUUGGACAGGAACCAGGCCGACUUUGGGAGGAGGAACAUCGUCCUCACGUGCGUGCUGUUGGUCGUGGCCUCGCUGCUGUUGGUGGCUCGCCUUUCAUUGGUCAUCUGGCGUCACGUGACGCAGCCGCUGUACGUCAGCACCGUCAAGACGACGUCUGUGAAGAUGUCACAGCUGAACGCCGGGUUCGCUUAAAUCCGACAAACCGAACUCCUUGAACACUGAUUUUUUAGCUUGAUUAAAGCGCGCCCCUAGCGGCCAGUCCGAUAAUUGCCACAUCCCAGGAACGAGUCAUUGACCCUUAAUCGUUGCGCGCAUUAAAAUCUUGAUAGAGUACUCAAAUUUGAUAAUGGCUCCUACAAGAAACAAUGCAACAUCAAUAACUUUUCGAUCUCCAAAUUCAUAACCAUGAAAUUUUCCACACUUCAAAGCACGAAGUAUAACUGUCAUAACUAUAAGUUUACUGACAUUGGAAUUUUUGUCGUUAUUAGGUUUGAGUGAUAUCAAUAGUUAGAGCUUCAGAGAGAUAGCUAGACAGACAACUUUGGAUAGAUAGAUGGAUUGCUAGCUAACUAACUGACUGGCUGGAUGUAUUUUUGUUUCUUUGUUUGCUUUGCCAUUAGCCUAAUAGGGUGAAUUCACAAUAAAGUUAUCAAUAUCUCU